AGGAGCGGAAGAACAAGAAAGAAAUUGGGACUAAAGACGUCGACUUUUCCCUGAAAUGGAGAGUUUAGUACAACGAUUCCCUGUUCCCUGUAAGAAUCUCUCAUUAGAUAUCAAUGGGAACAAAACAGAGCUAGUCAUUUGCAGCUAUGAAGAUCAUUUUCUUGUAAUGGCAUCUCAAAUAGGAACUAUGGGAACAAUACUACAUGCCAGGAAGGAGGAAGGGGUUGCAAUCCAUCCUACUUUCAAUGUCUCUGUAAUAUUUGGCAAAAGAGAUGAGCCUAUGCUUGUGGCGUGCGCUCGUCAGCUAAUUGAACACAUAAGUUCUUCUGGUUCCUCCAGGCCCUUAGUUCUCUCUCUUGGCCUCAAAGAUCACUCCAUGGAAACAAUGAAAGGAAUCGUUUCCUCAGUGAUAGAGCACCGGCUCUGGUAAUGCAACACUGUUCAAAUAAUCAAAUCACAGCCCCCCAUUUCCAUAUUCAGUUACUGAACACAAUUGUUUUUGUUUAUUCUGCUCCAUGAUAUGUACCUGACAUGUCAAUUAUGAAGAAGGUUACUGGUUAGAUUGAAUACAUUCCUGAUCUUUCUUUAUGAUUAUGGAAGCCUAAAUUUUGGCAGACGAUGUCUAUUAUGUUUGUACAUCCUUGUUCUCAGAUCACCAUUUUUUUGUUUUUUCCAUACCAUUUAACUAAUAUAAUCAUCUCCUUCAC